AUGAAUCACCACUUCAGAACUGUUGUCUUCGCAGUGGCAUUGCUGUACGAUGAGAAGGAGGACACAUACAUUUGGUUGUUGGAAGAAUUCCUUCAAUGUAUGAACAAAAAAUUGCCUCAGGUUGUUGUCACUGACGGAGAUAAAGCUAUGGCUAAAGCAAUAGAGAAAGUCAUGCCUAACGUUGUCCAUCGUUUGUGUGCGUGGCACCUUCAGAAAAAUGUUACCAUUAAUGUCCCUCACCCGAUUUUCAAGACAAGGUUUAAUGAGCUUCUAUAUCAAUAUUGUACAGAGGAAGAGUUUGACGAGACUUGGAGUGGCUUGGUUACAGAAUUUCAGCUACAAGAUAGCCAAUGGGCAGCCAUAACAUACAACAAUAGAAGGAGUUGGGCAGAAUGCUUCCUACGGGGUAAUUUCUUUGCGGGCCUCAGAACCACCCAAAGGUCGGAGUCGAUGAAUUCUUACCUGUCACACUUCCUGACAAGCAAACUUAAACUUAAAGACCUUGUUGGCCAAGUUGAUAAAGCCAUACAAAGCAUACGCCACACGGAACGCGAAGAUGACUUCAUCAGUAACAACACAUCGCCCCAGUUCCCUUCCAACAUACUACAACAGUAUUACCAGCAAGUUGCUUCAGUUUUGACGAGAAACAUGUACGAUAAGGUCGCACAACAAAUCGACAAUGCUCUUGCAUACUCAAUUGAUUCGACAAGUGUGGAAUUUGGGUGCAGGUUGCAUGCAAUUCCAGUCAGACGGAAUCCCGUGUCGACAUAUGUUUGUGGUAAUGAAGCAUUUGAACCUACCCUGCAUCCCGAAACCUCUGUUAAAGGAACGCUGGAGGAAGGGCGCCAAAUUGAGAGGUGA